AUGCCGCUUGCACUACUUGCCGAAGCCGCAAGGUCGCUUGCGAUCGGCAAAAGCCAAACUGUGGCUUUUGCUCCAGGAAUCAGUUUGAGUGUCAGUAUGCGGCGGGACGACGGCCCGGUCUUCGUGCAGGUGGAACUGGAGCAGCGAGUACACAUGCUUGAGGGAAAUAGUACCUCUCAAGGAAGCUCGGCGAAUGGUCAAGAAAUGUCCACUCCUAUGGCUAGCGAGCCUGAUAUCACACUAUCCGCAGGUGUCUACUCGCCAGAUGAAGAGCUUUCUGUCUCCCAUCCACCCAACCAGCCGCUUCUUACAUCCCCAAAUACGAAUUCAGAGACAGAGACCCUUUCUAGACGUUCUGUCCGGUUUGAUCCACUGUCAUAUCCCGUCUUGUCUGAGCUUUGCUCUAUCUGGUUCAAAAAAUACCAUCCGUGGUUUCCGAUUCUGCAUCAGCCGUCGUUAACCGCCUCAUUGCAACAUUUAGAAUCUCUAGGGUCCUCCAAUCAGUAUUUAGUUGUUAAAGCCAUCUGCGCGGUAACACUAAUACACUAUGAGUCACCACUGGUUAGCACAGAUGAACGAAAGCAGUGGUCAGAUAGCCUGUGCGAUGCUAUAUGUUGCCAAGCCUUGAAGCAGGUCUCCCUUCAGUGUCUGCAGGCUUUACUAAUUCUCUCUAAUCUUGAUUACGGAGAGGGUCGAUUUGAGCAAUUUUGGAAUUUGAUUGCUCUCUGUAAACGCAUUUCGUCUCAACUUGGCUGUGGAACAUUGGUUAAAAAGCAAGUGGAACAACUCAGCUCUUCUGCGUCUGUUCCUCCUCGCCUCCAUCCACUCUCCACUACAAUCAUUGAUCGGGAGGAACGGAUCCGAGCAUAUUGGAUGUCCGAAAUGCUAGACAGUAUGUCAACCGUCGGUGUGGACUGGGAUACAGGCUCGUCACCACCAAUACCAAAUGGAAUCCUACCAUGCAGCGAUUCCUUGUGGGCCUUUCCCGAACAUAUAAUUAACGUGUGGUCAUUCGGUCAAUUCCGGUACUCUUCGGCCUUCUCGCUAUGUAUCAUAUUUGGCACGAAUGAGCUGUGGUUCAUUCAUCACUUCCUUCAGAAAACAUGGAACCUUAGCAACACUCAUGACCGCAUUCAGUGGCAGACCGAGGCACAAAAGAUUGAUGAACGCCUCACAGCGUGGCGUGAAGAAUUUGUUGCAGCCGUUUAUAGACUGAUCAACGCUGAAUAUGCGGAAGAGGAGCGUGCCGAAAUGGAUCCAAAUAUCGUCCUGACAAAUUGUGUUCUUGACGUCGCCGUCAUUCUUCUCUUCCAGAGAAUGUCUACAAUCCCUAAAGAAAUCGACCCGUCCUCAGAACCAUGGCAAUAUGCAACAAAUCGCUGCAUUUAUGCCUGUGACAACAUGGUUUUCAAAGUUCGUCAGAUGACGGACGAAGAGCUCAGGUCUAUGCAAAAACGGUCAACGCUGAUGUUCCGAGCGGCGUGA